AUGUCUGCUCCGAACGGCGAGACGCGUGGGGCCGCGAGGGAAGAGGGUCCUGCGGCUGCCGGUCCUUUCAGCUUCAGCCCGGAGCCCACGCUCGAGGACAUCCGCCGCCUCCAUGCUGAAUUUGCUGCUGAAAGAGACUGGGAACAGUUCCACCAGCCUCGGAACCUUCUCCUGGCCCUGGUGGGUGAAGUAGGGGAGCUGGCAGAGCUCUUUCAGUGGAAGCCUGAUGGAGAGCCUGGUCCCAAAGCCUGGCCCCCCCAGGAUCGAGCGGCCCUUCAAGAGGAGCUUAGUGAUGUCCUCAUUUACCUGGUGGCACUAGCAGCCCGCUGUCAUGUGGAUCUGCCCCAAGCCGUGCUCGCCAAGAUGGACCUCAACCGAAAGCGUUACCCAGCACAUCUGUCCCGAGGCUCUGCCCGCAAGUACACAGACUUACCCCAUGGGGCCACCUCUGAAGACCGGACUGUGGAGCCCGAACACCAGGCAUCCAUCUAGAACAUGGGCGUAGGCCCUCCAAUUAAAACAUGGUAUCUAAGGAGCAGAGGAUACCUGGCCAUGGAACUUUCUAGUCCUGAGUCCUGAGGCCCAAAAACUUUCUAGAAGUUAAUAAGUUUCUUUU